UUCGAGAGAUAAACAAUCCGAAAAGAUGACGUUGCCGCAGCCAGACUCGCCGAAUUUCUUCUCUCAAAUUUCUCCCACGUUUCCUGGGGUGACGCAAGAUGGCAAGAUUGAGACGGAGAUGUUCCUUGAGGCGUCGAAGUCCUUUAUACAGAUAUACGAUCUGCUGGGAACGGCAUUUUAUGUAGUCAAGAAGGACAUGUCUGGAAAUAUUGAGAAAAUCUACAAAGCAUACAACUGUAAUCCAGAAAAGUACAAGUACCUCAACGACUUGAUAUGCGAAGAAAAGGAUGUGCAAGACUCGGUAACAGUGGAUGCCCUUCUCUGGCUCAAGAGAGCCUUGGAGUUCACUGUAAUGUUCAUUAAUGGGAUUUGUGACGAGUUUGAGAAGGGAACGGGAUCGGAGAGGCUUGACCACCUGGCAACAGAAGCUUACAAUGUCACCCUGAAAAAGUACCACAAGUGGAUUGUCCAGAAUAUCUUCAAGAUGGUGGUUAAGUCAGUCCCCACUAGAUCAGUGCUGGUCAAAGCCCUGUACUUUGGUAAAUCGGGUCCAGAAGAAACGCUGUUCAAAGACUGCCGAGUUUACAUGAAACAGCUAGAGACCAAUCUCAGAGUGAUAGUACAAAUGUAUGAUGAAUGGGGCCUUAACAAUGAUAACAAAGUAUAAGAGUCUGGUGCAGUGGCAGAGUAUUUUGUUUUUUAUAUAGCUAUGUAUAUAUGAAAAUCUCACCUUACUGUUCAUCUCUUACGUUAAUUUUGGAUUUUUUCUUCUUAAACUUUAGUUCGGACUGCUUAGAAAAUUAGCAAAACCUGUAGCAGAUUAGCAUUGUUAUUUUUUAUUGAUAUUGUUAUUAUCAUUAUUAUUAUCAUAAUUCAUAUUGUUUUUAUUGUU